CACUAAGACGCCAGAUCUUAUAUAUACCAUUGGCAGAACAAACCUCCAAGCCGAAAUCCGACUUGAACGACUUGACGCAAAUCGCAUUUGCCGGGUUGCCCAGCUACGACAAACAUCUCGGACCCCGCGAGACUCUCAACUUCACGCCUCGCUCCUUGGAAUGCGAAGUGGUGCAGAUAAAGGUGAUCGCAUCCUGUCGCGGCUGAGCUAUAAGUGCUUCACGCCCGCACCCGCCAUUGCCUUGGCCAGCACCGCCCCCAGUCGCACAUCGACGUCCCGCAUCCUUCGCGCCUUACAACGAACCACCACACAAUGGCAUCUCUGACAGAGCAACCCUACGCCAUGUUCCCUCCACAUCACGACUCCGCCGAGGACUUUGGCCACGCCGUCUACACCUCGGGUCCCAUGGGCGUAAGCAUCCCGGCCGACGCCUACGGUUUCCACCACCAACAGCAGCUCAACAGCGCCCAAGAGGUGUUUCCCACAUCAAUGGUUUACGAGCCUGCGCUCUACGCCGAAGCCGCCCCCAGCUACAUUCUCAACAACCGCUCCUCCCCCGGUAUGUACGACGAGACCGACAUGGGAUUGCCCUCGUCCAGCCGGUCGACGGCCUCUGCGCCAUCUGCCGCGUCCUCGGCCAUCGGAUCCCCCCAGUCCAACCACGGCCAGAUGGGCGCUGUGCCUGAGUGGGCUCCCCAGGGCCUGGGUGUCCAGCCCGGUAUCGUCGGUAACGACUACAUUACCGGCCAAGACUACGCAUCUUUCGCUCCCCACGGCUUGGAAGAGCUAUCCUUCGACUUUGGUCCCCCGAAGGCCUUUGUUGGUGAGUUGGAUGCCUCUUCUACUAGUAGCACUACUUCGCCUCGUUUUUGCACUGCGCAGCUGAGGCCUCCCCGCCAUUCGUUCACUUACCCCUGUCCCACUCCCACUACUUGUUCGUCAAGCUCCAUUUUCAAUUCUACUUCUACUUCCCUUUCGGCGCUUCCUGUUACGCGAGACGGCAUCUCCGUCGAUCACCAAUUGUCCCUCUCUUCCUCUCCAGCUGGUUCUUCUUGUUCGUCUGCGCUAUCUGGCAGCUUCGUCCCCACUCCCGCGUCCACCGUUUCCUGCCCUAAGCGACGGCCAAGUCCGUCGGCUAUUUCGUCAACUGAGACAUUCCGCUGGCCCUCCCAACCAGCGCGUCACUCUGUCACUCCUUCACCAAACAGACGCGCAGCUGCUUUCUUUUCUCAGAGUAGCGGCCAUUUUGUUGCCCCUCUGCAGUCCUCUCCUUGGUCGCCCUCGCGCAUCUCGUCAGACUCUACUGUUACUUCUCCGACAAUGAUUACUGACCUCGCGCCUGCGCCAGACCCGUCGCUCAUCCACCCAGAGAUUACCCGCCCGCCCAUGGGAAUCCCCUCGUAUGACAGCCAUUUCCAGCAGCCCAGCCACCACUAUCCCACCUCGCCAUCCAUUGCCGCCUCUUCGCCUCAGCCAAACAUGAUGCGCACCAACAGCUCCUCGCCAUUCCUCCACAACGGUCCCUUCCAGCCUACCUACCCCACCAGCCCCUAUGGCGCCCCAAUGGAGAACCACGUCCGCGCUCCUAGCAUGAGCCACUUCGUCCCGGCCACUCCUGGCGGUGACUACUCCAGCCCUGACGAUAUCAAGGAGAAGCAGCGAUGUACUUGGCCUGAGUGCGGCAAGGUCUUCAAGGACCUCAAGGCUCACAUGCUCACUCACCAGCACGAGCGCCCCGAGAAGUGCCCUAUCCAGACCUGCGAGUACCACGUCAAGGGCUUCGCUCGCAAGUACGACAAGAACCGCCAUACUCUGACCCAUUACAAGGGCACUAUGGUGUGCGGCUUCUGCCCUGGCUCUGGCUCAGCGGCCGAGAAGUCGUUUAACCGCGCCGACGUCUUCAAGCGCCACUUGACUGCUGUUCACGGCGUUGAGCAGAGUCCUCCCAACAGCCGCAAGAAGUCGGCUGCUAUCGCCAACAGCAGCAAGAAGCUUACCGGCUACGCGUCUGAUGCCACCGGCAAGUGUAGCACUUGCUCGCAGACCUUCUCCAAUGCUCAGGACUUCUACGAGCAUCUGGAUGACUGUGUGCUGCGUAUUGUACAGCAAGAAGACCCUGCCGAAGCUAUCAACGCUCAGCGCUUGGCUGAGGUUGAGAAUGAUAAGGAUGUUCACCAGACUCUGGAAAAGAACAACCUGCCCACAGCUACUGAGACAGCCUCGACUGAGGACGAGGACGAGGAUGUCGAGACCGCCGACGAGGACGACGUCGAUGAUUCGUCUAAGUCCAGCCACUCGCCCAUGACCAAGAAGAAGGGUAACCCUCCCAAUGGCGUCCAGAAGACGCGCGGCAUGACCCACUCCCGCGGCGGUGUGACGCUCACCACCAAGAGCAAAGGCCGCAAGAACCGACGCGACUACCCUUCGUCGUGGGGCUUCGACAAGGGCCAGAUGACGAUGAAGAAGCGCGUCAUGGCUGUCUUUGAUGGUCCCCGACGCCUGGCCAAGGAUGACAUGAUGCUGUCCACCGACCACGAGGUCCGCAUCAAGCUCUCUGAUGGCAAGGCGUACGUGACCGACCUCGAUGUUCAGACCAUGAAGCGGGCUGAGGGUUUCCUCGGAGCCACCGACGAAGAGAAGGGUCCUUGGAUCUCCGACGAUCCCACAGCUGAUCAGCUCAAGGAGAUGCAAAUGAUAAUGGACAAAACCACUCCCAUCUAAACCACCACUCCUCCCAACAACUACAAAACACAAAAACUAUUAUUAAAAAGAGCAUGGCACCGACGGCGUACGCGAAACUGUACUAGAAUAGGGGAACUUUUGGAUAGGAGUAUUAUUAUGGGUACUGGAACGGAUUUAUGACUCUGGGCGGGUAUGGGAACGAUGAGAGGGAUCUCCCUAUAUUUGGAUUUG